GUAAAACAGGCGGGGGUGGCGUUUAAGGGGGUAGCAGACCGCUCUGCACAGUCACACAAGGCCCGCGGACUGCUCCGGGCUGGGUGCUUACGGACCCAAAGACAACACACAGCGGCGUCCCGGGGCUGCUCUGAGUAGGCCAGGCCUGGCCUGCGCGGGUGGCUUACGGUGCAGGCACCCGGAAUCUCCAAGGCACGGGGACAAGUCUGGGAGCCCUGAGCCCCCUGGAGGCGGUGCGGGGAAGGCCCGGGAUGGGGGCAGGGGUGCCACACCUCGUGCGGGGCGUUGUGCGGCGGGGUUUCACUGAGCGGCGGGACCCUGGAGGGGGCGGAGGCGGGGCCGGGCCUGCUCCGCUGCAGCGUCGGCCAGGCCGGGACCCCUGCAAGCGCGCUGGGCCGCCGGGUCCCACCCCAGGAUGGCCGCCCAGGUCCCGCACAAGCAACCCGAGGCUGCAGUCCGAGCCCGCGGGGCUGUCUGCUCUGCGACGCGCCCACACCUUCUGGAACCUUCUGGAACCUUCGGAACCUUCGCGGCUGGCGGCUCAGGCUCCUGCUAAGAUGCUGCUGCUCGCGGCGGUGCUGCUGGCCACGGUGCUGACGCUGGCGGACAAUGAAGCAUCUGUCAGCGCUGGGGACAUGGAGUUGUCUGUGCGGAAGUGGACCUACAACCUGAAGUGCUACGACUGCGCAGUCAUAAACACCUUCCAAUGCUCGACACUCAGGACCUGUCCCUACGAGACGAGGCGCUGCCUGACAGUCUCCAUCCGUGUGAAUCCCCGAGAGCUCCUCGUUUACAAAAACUGCACCGACAACUGCUCGUUCGUGUAUGCGGCCCACCAGCCGCCACCAGCGCCGAAGUCCAGUAAGAAGACAAAUAGUUUCUACUGGGUUCUCUGCUGCGGUGCAAUGACCUGCAACGACGGAGGGCCGACCAACGUGGAGAGGGACAUCUUGCCCGAUGAGCCUCUAGAGGAGAUGAUAGAAGGGGCAGUGUGCCUGCGUGGCUCGGCGCUCCUCCUGGGCUUGGCCUCCAUCCUGCUCAGCGGGGCCCUGUCCUGGGUGGCGGGGCUCCCGUCGUGUCCCCACCUGUCCCCAGGGCAGCUCACUGCCCUUUGAUGUCUCAUGAAUCAGAGACUCGGGCUCUCAGGUCCCCGUUGGCGGCUUAUUUCAAGAGAGAA